AUAACACUGAGCUGGAGAAGUUCAGUGUGUAUAUAUGUGUAUGCAUGUGUGUGUGCGCGCGCGUGCGCGUGUGUGUAUGUGUGAAGGAGAGAGAGAAAGAGAGAGAGAGAGCGACAGACAGACAGACAGCAGCCAGUCAGUGUAAAGUGUGAUCCGAGGAUGGAUGCAAUACCGUGUAGUCUCGCUUUCCUCCUUCUCUUCUUUAACGCUUGGAUUCACCAAUCUGAAGCCUUACAGUGCUACUGUCACCGCUGCCCCAACUCGACGUGCAACACAGACGGUCUGUGCUACUUCGCCAUCACCAGGACGGCCAGCGGGACUAAGAAGGACAGUUGGUGUAUCAGCGAUAAUGAGCUGAUCCCACGCGACCGUCCCUUCAUCUGUGCACCGUCUGGCAAGGACAAUACAGGCAUCUACCCCAUGUGCUGCAACACGGACCUGUGCAACAAGAACCCCAACAUCACCGUCAUAAGCGUGCCCACAGAGAAGCCUCCCUCACUGGGUCCUGUGGCUCUAGCAGCUGUGAUCGCCGGGCCCGUGUGCCUGCUGUGCUUCGUGCUGGUCACUAUUUUCUACGUGUGGCACAGCCGCUCAGUCAUCCACCACCGCGUGCCUAACGAGGAAGACCCAUCCAUGGACCACCCGUUCAUCACCGUGGGCACCACGCUCAAAGACCUCAUCUACGACAUGACUACAUCCGGAUCGGGUUCUGGUCUCCCGUUGCUGGUUCAGAGGACCAUUGCCAGGACCAUCAUCCUACAGGAGAGCAUCGGGAAAGGCCGCUUCGGAGAGGUGUGGAGGGGCAAAUGGAGAGGAGAGGAAGUAGCUGUGAAGAUCUUCUCUUCUCGUGAGGAACGCUCCUGGUUCCGUGAGGCUGAAAUCUAUCAGACAGUCAUGCUGCGUCACGAGAACAUCCUGGGCUUCAUCGCCGCCGAUAAUAAAGAUAAUGGAACAUGGACCCAGCUGUGGUUGGUGUCUGAUUACCACGAGCACGGCUCCCUGUUUGACUACUUGAACAGAUACACGGUGACCGUGGAGGGUAUGAUCAAGUUGUCCCUGUCCACCGCUAGCGGUCUGGCUCAUCUGCACAUGGAGAUCGUAGGAACACAAGGCAAACCGGCUAUCGCUCACAGAGAUCUGAAAUCCAAGAACAUUUUGGUGAAGAAGAACGGCACUUGCUGCAUCGCAGACCUCGGUUUGGCUGUGCGCCAUGACUCGGCCACAGACACCAUCGACAUCGCCCCCAACCACAGAGUGGGAACAAAAAGGUACAUGGCCCCGGAGGUCCUUGACGAUUCAAUAAAUAUGAAACAUUUCGAGUCGUUCAAGCGAGCAGAUAUCUACGCCAUGGGCUUGGUCUUCUGGGAAAUCGCAAGCAGAUGCUCAAUUGGAGGCAUUCACGAAGACUACCAGUUGCCGUAUUACGAUCUGGUGCAGUCAGAUCCGUCAGUGGAGGAAAUGAGGAAGGUGGUGUGCGAGCAGAAAUUACGUCCCAACAUUCCCAACAGAUGGCAGAGCUGCGAGGCUCUGCGUGUGAUGGCGAAGAUCAUGCGAGAAUGCUGGUACGCCAAUGGAGCUGCUCGUCUCACCGCCCUGCGCAUCAAGAAGACACUCUCUCAGCUCAGCCAGCAGGAAGGGAUUAAAAUGUAGGCCUGUGAGCUCUGGGAGAGCUGCACACCUUGGCAUAUUAUUCUUUUUUUUUUCCUACAAAUAUCUAUUCAUUAUAAUGGUCUCGCUCAUGCUUCUGGUUCUCCAUGAUUAUUGCAUUAAGACUUCGUGUCCUCCGUGCGCGAGGGAGAGGACGAGAGGGAGGACAUGAGCUCUAAGUAUGAAGGCUUGUUUGGAUUUUUUUUUUUUCCUUUGGCUUUGAAUGAUUGACUUUUUAGCAGUGAAGGUCAUUUUAAUGAUCAGGUACUUUUUAUUUUCCUGUUAGAGGUGGGGAGAUGAGAUGAGAUGAGAUGUAUCUCUAUAGUGAAUUUGCACCUUGGGUUUUCUAUCUUUCCUCAACAUUUGUUUUUAUUUUCUAACUUAUUUUUUUGCUUUUUUUUUUCCAAACAAACUGGACAUGACCUCAUUCAGUCUUGGCAAACAUGCUGCAACAUAUGCAAUAUAGAGAAAUCCUAUCCUAUAUUUUAUACCUUGAUAUGUUCUGUUACUAUGGCAACAGUUACAACAGCUUCAACAGCUACAAUGGCAUCCGUGCCCUCUAAGCCAGGUGUUACCGGAAAGUGCCACUGCUUUAAACCAACGUUCCCUCAUGCUGUGGCUCGGCCCCUUCAGCUUUUGCUCUCCGAUUAAAAGAAAGAAAGAAAGAAGGCAAGAACGAACGCCACCGUCGCAGACUCACGGACGAGACUGUUGUGGAGUCCGUCUUUAUUAUGCACACACAGCGAACGUUAAUAAGGGGCCACCACAUACAACUUGCUGGUGCCAUUUCUUCAGUUUUACAUCAUCUAUCUCUUUCUCAUUAUCAUCUUCAACGCACACAGAGGGACGUUUCAGCUCAGACCUCGGUUCAUCUCCAGUAAAGCUGAUCACCAGUCCGUGUUGCUGAGUGGCAGCUGAGGAUCGGCUUCCUACCUGACACAGAGACCCGGAAAGAGGUGUCUCUUUGUCUCCAAGUCCUAAAAAUGCUCUCUCUAUAGUUUAAACUGACACACAGAUCCGGAUAAACUGAGCUCCUCUCACAGACUGGCACUUAAUGCAGAAGACUGGAUGGUAAAGAAAAUAGAAUAAAAUCCUACGAGCAGUAUGACUGAUUAAUAACAUCGCAAGGUUUGAAGUCGAACGCAUCAACGUUACUCGAGUUGCCGUGUAAAAACUGGUCUUUCUUUAAAAUGGUCUAUGGUACUCUUUGUUUUCUGUGUUGCAAAGAUGAUGGGGUAUAUUCAUUUAUCUAUAGAGCAAAUAGAUCUUUACUAAGCCAUAGAUUUUCCAACAUUUUAUGGCAACUUUGUUUGUGUUUGUGUGUGUGUGUGUGGUUAGAAUGUACAUUUUAAGAAAAAAAUCUCCAUUGAGCAAGCCUUAAAGGGACCAAUAGCAUUGGUUGUUCCUGUUUUGUUAAGGAAAGAAAAGCUGCGAUGUUUCAAAUAAUUGUCUUUAAAGUUAAUAUUCUGUUGAACCCAAGGAGAGUUAAUAUUCUGUUGAACACAAGGAUUCAAUGUAGCAACAAAUCUAGCAGUUUUCUUUGUUAUAUCUGUAGACGGACGUCGUCUUUGCCACACGAAUAAGCUUACAGUCAGAAACACAAAGCUAUAUGGGAUCCCAGGAUCACGAUCGUGGCACGCUGUUGGAGAGCUCGCCCAAGAUCGAUUCUUUUCCCGUAACGGCGUUCCCUGAUUGCCCGUUUCAUUCCUUUUAUACCACAGUGAUUUGUAAAAAAUUACUUUUUAUUGCUACACAACUAUUUUAUUCCCCCCAUUUAUAGAUAUAUUUUAUGUUCGAACUAGUGUGUGGCAAUUAGACAAAAUUUAUAGGAAGCCCUUUGUAUCAGUCAAGAGGUUCCAAAAGAUCUUCAGACAAAGUGCUCCUUCCAAAAAAUGCUAAAUAAACACACAGUUUUUUUAAUUAUUAUUUGUUUAUAUGAAGCAUAGCAGUCACUGUAUAGAAUGGAUAACAUUAUAGGAUAAGCAUGUUCACUUUGUAGCCAGCAUUUGGAAGCAGGGUACUUCGCAUGCUCUUCGUGUUUUGUCUGCUUUCCUUUUUAUUUUGUCUUUUUUUUUCCUCCCCCCCUUCCAGACUAUAGAGUGAAACAUAAUAAGCACCCAGUGGCCAACAUGGCCUUUGAAUAGCAUGGCAUGUUUACAGUGCAUUUUUGUACUGUGAUUAUACUGAUUAGAUACAAGCUUUUCUACCCUUCAGCCAAAACAAUGGGGAGCGUCAGCGUGAGGGAGAGAAAUAAUCUUCCAUUAGACACAACACACACUGCAUGUUUAUUAGUGUGGCAAAAGGAUGUUCAUUUGUGUUGCUUUUUUUCCUUAUCGGUUAAAGAAAGCAGAUUGAUUUUGUUUUAAGGCAAAAUUGCUGCAUUUUUCUGCCUCUGUACAGGAGCAAAAAAAAAAAGGAUGAUUCGGUCAUUUAGUGUGCAAAAUGUGAAAAGAAUUGCAUUCAGCCCAUUUCUGAAAUGUUUGGCAUUCCACAGAGCUUUUUACAAUAUAUCCAGAACAACCUUUGAAGGGUUGAAUUACAAUUGGAAAAAAAAUGCUUUUGCCAGCUAGCACGCUGGCUAUUUAUUUGUUUCUUUUUGUCUCUCUUCUCUCAGGAUUUGCUCAAUUUGGCAAAUUGCACAUGUGGCAUGUUUUCGCAUCAGAACCAUAAGAAAUAUCAGUGAAUUUGACUGCAUUCAAAAUGAUAAGACUCUGACUUUUCCCUUUUCUGCUCCAGUACAUUGGUCUGUCACUUUUGUUUCUUCGCUCUGAAUUGAAUUCCUGUUAUAUGCUGAGAAACGCCCCGAGUGGAGUAAAUGUAUGAUGGAGGAAGUGUGUAUAAAUAUGUACAUUGUAAAUAACUUAUCUACGUGUAUGUAACUUGUCUGUCAGCUUGGUGGCCCUGUGGCAUGUACAAUUGGUCAAGAAAAAUUGGACAGUUGAAGGAGUUCGUGAUGAACCCCAGGAUGGUCAGGAAGGGAUAGAGCACAUUCCCUCCAGAGGGUAUUAUAUCAAACAGUCUAAAAGGGAAGAAAAUGAGAUUUUAGUAAUUUAUUGUUGCUAAGGUCCAUCGAAGGCAAGUGUAAUCAUCCUUUCUGGGAAAAAUUUAUUUCAUCGUGCCACCGCUGAUGUUUUUUCGUCCAACACAUUUCUGUCUUAAAUCACCAGCAGCCUUUUUUUCUUUACGGAUUCAGCAGUGACCUAUUUAGACGCGAAAACAUGCAUAUCCAGGUAUUUCCUCACAGUGACAUGCAGGUAUCCUCCUGGCCUUGACAGGUCAAACCACACCAGCUAUGACUUUUAACAGGAAAUCCAUACCGCUGCACCUCUGGUUCCAUGCGAGCGGGUGAGAGCGAGAGGACUCUCUCUCUCUGUAACCCUCACUUCCUCACUGCAUAGCAUCUUGUAGCUAGGAAAUUUUUCAUAUCAUCUAACGUGGUAUCACGUACAGUAGUAAAACACGGGCUGUUAGCCUCCUCGACCUCUCUCCCGCUCUUCUGCUCUCGAUGUCACUUACUUCUGUGCCUCCGAACCCAUCUGCACCCUCGAACAUGGGCGAGGAUCCACUCAUCCCGGGUGAUUUUAACCGACAGUGUUUUCAUUAGGGGUCCUGUUAUAUGGCCCAGACUCCUGCACAACCGUCUGCUGUUCAAUCAGUUGCUGUUUGUUUGCUUUUUACGGUGCAUUAUGCAGCUUUUUCAUGCAACCAUGCACAGAUAUUUGCACAAAAGUCUUACUCAGUUUAAUUCAUGCCUCUGCCUUUUUUUUUUUUUUUUAAGUUAAAUAAUUCUGGAAAGGUAAAUAUAUCUCCUGAAUGCAGCAGACGUGAGCAUAAACGUUAAACUCUGCAUUCCCGCCAAUCAGUGUGUCCCCAAUUAGAACACGACCCUGAGCAGUUUCAAUAAAGGUCACGCCUGUGUCGAAGAGGGCGAUUAGACGGGUUAGUGCGUUAUGCAAAUGUGUACGGCGACACGGUCCUCAGGCUUUCUACUGGCAAUUGCCAGGCUAUUUAUUUACAGUUCAAUUCUUUAUCUAUGCCAACAUCCGGACACUGUGAGAAAGCUCCUGGAGGGACGGUGGCCCGGGUAACACCAAAAAUCAUGUGGGUAGGUAAUGAAAGAGUGGAGCAGGGUUGAUUCGAAGGGAGAUAAACUGACAUGGAGAAAGCAGGAGUCUGGGUCAUUAAAGGACUGCGGAGCCAACCAAGGUGCUUUUUCAUGUAUGUGCGUGUGUGUGUGUGUGUGUGUGUGUGUGUGUGUGUGUGUGUGUGUGUGUGUGUGUGUGUGUGUGUGUGUGUGUGUGUAUACAUUAUGGAAAGGCAAAAGAAAGCUUUAUCAAGUUUUAUUUGGUGCCUAAGUUUGACUAUAUUGUGUUUUGUAUUCCAUAUAGAAUGAUGCACUGCAUGUGACUGAUUUCUAAUGUUUGCAUUAUUUUGGUUAUUAAGGAAAUUCUUAAAAGAAAAAAGGCGAAAGGCUUAAUUAGUUUAAAAAAAAGGUCAGAAAGUAAUCCAGAGGAAAAAAAAUACCUCCUUCAAAGACCAAUGUAUUUUUACCUCAGUGUAUAUAUUCUAUUUGUUUACUUCAAGUUUGCAAAUUUGUUUCUAUGAAAUGCUAAAUUGAAGAUUUCACAUUUUGUGUUAGUGGUACUUUGGCAUUGUGUUGUUCUUGUGUCUAAAUAAAUUGUUUUUUUGUUUUGUUUUGUUUUUUUUGUUGUUGUUUUUUUUUUUGAACCACCAUCUGUACUUUAUUUCUUGUUCUGUUCUUUAGUUCUGAAGUGCUUUACAGACAUCAGACCAUGUAUUUUAAUGCCUCUUUCUCAACUGUAGAAAAUGCAUUAUGGGCCUUUUUUGUAUUUAAAAAAAAAAAAAAGAAAAGAAAAAAAAAGUCAGAGCUGGUCAGUAGUGAACGGGGGGCAGAGAGUUGUCAUGAAGGCUUUGUGGCCCACUUGAUUUUUAAAGCAUUAUUUACAGACUUUUUAUAGUGUGUACAGAAGUACAAACAACAUAGGAACGUAGGGGGAGUGACGCUGAUGUGCCAUUCUAACAUAGUGGAUUAGUAAUGGGUGUGAAUUAAAAAAAGUUCAAAUUUC